AUGAAUGAUCAACAAAAUCCUCAUCAUGAGGUGAAUGCCUUUCAAUAUGAGGAUAUGGACGGACGUGCUGGGGCUGAAGAAGCCCCAGGUCCCCUACCCGAUAUGCGGGCAAUGAGCCUCAAAAGAAAUAUACGUCGUUUGGACUCGAUUGUACCGACGGCUGGCCGAGAAGGUGCCGACAUCCAAUUCAACCUCUAUAAGGGCCGUGGAGUUGCAGUGUUCACAUCUGGAGGUGACUCUCAAGGUAAAAAGGUUCUUGAGAUUACCAGUUCUCAUGAAGUAGUGUUCUGCAACGGGUAUCUCAUAGGAAUGAACAGCGCUGUACGAUCGGUAGUUCGUAUGGGUAUAUAUCUCGGCUGUAAAGUGUUCUUUAUCAAUGAGGGUUACCAAGGAAUGGUCGAUGGAGGUGACAAUAUCGUCGAAGCGAGCUGGAACUCCGUGUCUGACAUCAUUCAGAAAGGUGGAACAAUUAUUGGUUCAGCGCGCUGUAACGAUUUUCGGCAACGAGAAGGUCGACUAAAGGUAAAUGGUAGCACUUUUUUCGCAUAG